AUGUCUGGGCGAGGGAAGGGCGGCAAGGGGCUGGGAAAGGGAGGCGCCAAGCGCCACCGGAAGGUGCUCCGGGACAACAUCCAGGGCAUCACAAAGCCAGCGAUUCGCCGUCUUGCCCGCCGUGGGGGCGUUAAGCGCAUCUCUGGGCUCAUCUACGAGGAGACCCGGGGAGUGCUCAAAGUCUUUCUGGAGAACGUGAUCCGCGACGCGGUGACUUACACCGAGCACGCCAAGCGCAAGACGGUGACGGCCAUGGAUGUGGUGUACGCGCUGAAACGCCAGGGCCGCACCCUGUACGGCUUCGGCGGCUGAGCUGUCCCCGCACCGCCCCAUCAGAUCCCCAAAGGCCCUUUUCAGGGCCCCCAAAGUGUCACGGGAGGAGCUGCUGGCACU